GUCUCGAGAAGCACAGAGAUGGCAACAGCUUAGGGAUUAUCAUUAUACCUGCAGUGGACUGUUAACUGUUUUUCUGUUAAUCGUAAAUGCGAUCUGGCACUUGAUCUGAAAUCUGAAUAAGUAAAGCAUCGCUUGGCUAAUUAAUCGAAAUGAUUAAGUCCGCGCUGAGGCUGGCGAAAUUUCCCGGAUUACGGGAAAGGGUGUUGGUCGAUGGCCGACUGAUCCCGGCGUGGGAUUUUGCACGUUUGAGUGUCAUAACCUCGAGGAAUAUUUGCACUACUCAGUUGUGCGGCAAGGAGAUUCGAACGCUGAAUGAAAAAUUGCAAGUCGGCCAGACCUCAAAAUAUGGAUUGGUAGAGGGAGAAACUAUGCCCGAGACAACCAACGUUAGUCAGCAGGAGCAUCUAUUUCCCGAUGCAGACACACCGAAUCGACUCUUCAAUGGUGUACCAUAUAAGGAAAUGCAUAUUGUCAAUAUAAAAUCAACUCCUAAUAAUACAAUUAUGACUUUUACAAACUUUAGUGGCGACGUAUUAUUGUUGCAUUCGGCAGGUAUAGAGGGUUUUAAGAAUGCUAAGAAAGGGACAAACAUUGCUGCUCAACAAGCAGCUAUAACUCUUGGUAAUCGCAUUCUUGAAUAUGGUAUUAACACAGUCAGGAUACGAGUACAGGGUAUUGGACCUGGCAGAAUGUCUUCUAUAAAAGGCCUUCAAAUGACGGGAUUGAACAUUGUAUCAAUUACAGAUGAUACUAGAGUAAGUUGGGAUCCACCACGGCCACGAAAACAAAGAAGAAUAUAAUUAUUAGAUGUUAUAACUUAUUAUAAUUUGAAUGUGUUAAUACAUACUGUAAAAAUCUUCCAUUAUGCGUAUUAUUUUAUCUUUCCAAAUUGAAGUACAUAUUAAAAAUGAAUUACGAUUUUAAUAA